AUGGACACAAUUGAGGAUUGCAGAAACUUAUGGGACCAUUUGGACCAGUUAGUCCGAGAAGGAAAGUUGAAGCAAGUCUUGCAUCAUUCCAGUGGUCAGGUAAGCCAAACGGGCUCGGAUUUUCGGGGAGAUGCUUCUUCAAGACUCCCCCUUGGCAUAAUAAACGUUAUUUUUGCCGCCUCAGGGAGGACCGGAUCUUGUCCUUCCAAGGUGAAGUCGGUAUCCCUUUAUUCGGCCGAGGAGUCUAGUUCAAUGCCUAAGAGAGCCAAGAUAGGCGUCCCGUUAGUGUUAGGUUUUUCAAAUGAGGACAAAGUUGGAACCAUACAGCCCAAUAAUGAUGCUCUAGUGGUUACGCUGAGAAUUGGUGGGUAUGACGUGAAAAGGGUGAUGAUUGACCAAGGCAGCGCUGCUGACAUAAUGUACCCUGACUUGUAUAGGGGGCUAAACUUGAAACCUGAAAACUUAACAACCUACAGUUCUCCUCUAGUGAGUUUUGAGGGCAAAAUGGUCGUCCCAAAAGGUCAGAUCAGAUUACCUGUGCAGACCGGCACAGAUAUGGUGGAAGUGGACUUUAUCGUCGUAGAUGUUUUCUCUCCCUACACGGCCAUUAUGGGCAGACUCUGGCUUCAUACCCUGGGGGCCGUCUCCUCUACUCUUCACCAGAAGAUGAAGUAG